AUGACCUUCCAACACUCCGCUGAAGAUAUCCGCAUCGACGAUGGUCACAUCCUAAGGGCCCGCCUCCGAAACGCCGAAGGCGAGUUGAAUGAUUCUGAGAUUGAUCUGAACAAUCACAUUGGCAACGUCGAUGGUAACUUUGUCUGGGACGGAGAGAACUUCUCCCACUCCGCUCAGGACAUCGAGUUCACUAUCGAGGCUGAUGGCGAGGCCGCCGUUCUCCGGGCGUCCCUUUCUGAUGCUGAGGGUAACCACGAGACCCGGGACAUCAACCUGGGCGAGCGUAUCAGUAAUAACGACGGCAACUUUGAGUACAACUAA